CGGCGCGGCAGGAGAGGCGGCGUCCGCCCGCCCGAGAGCUCCGGGCGGCCCACACCGAGCGGUCACCGCGCCGGCGUCUGCAGCUCCUGCGACGCGCCUGCUGGGCCGCGGUCCCGCUUUCGAGCGCGGCCCGCGGCCUCCGUGCCGCCCGGCCCCUCGCGCAGGCCUGCGUCCGUUCACUCGGCGUCCGUCGAGCGCUCGCUGGGUUCCAGGCGCUGGCCUCGGCGCAAGCGCGGCCUCGCACACCCUCCGUGCAGGGCGAGAGGCAGACUCGGGGAGGGACGCGGCGGGGGCGGGGGACGCUGCUUUAGAGCGAGGAGCCCUCAGGCCUGACGCCGGAGCCGAGGCGUGGAUGGAUGAAAAGGAACCAGUGGGGAGGGCGGCGACUGCCAACUCGGGGGCUUGGGGCAGGACUAAGCACACAGUAGAGCGGUCUGGGGCGGGACUUGGCACCCCGGGGGGUCGUGCCGGGAUUUGUAGCCAGUGCCCGGCACGGCGCCUGCCGCGCGCUGAACGAGGGAGAUACGUGAGAGCACUCCGCAUGCGACACCCCGUCAUUUGUCCGCGUUACUACCUCCUGGGGCCCGCAGCUCUUGGUUGCUAGGGGAGUGGAGACCAGAGCCUGCUCUUCCAAGCCCAGGGGGUCAGGGGGAGCUCCUGCAGCCAGAGGUCCUUCCUGCAGCCAGAGGUCCUUCCUGCAGCCAGAGGUCCUGCAGCCAGAGGGGCUUACUUCCGGGCAAGUGCACAGAAGUGUUCGUAUCAGCACUUUACAGAUAAGGAACAAGCUCCGAGAGGCGGGGUGACUUUGCCCAGGGUUCUCCCACUCCAGCACCUGUUGAAGGUGACCCCAGCUCUUUGGGUUUGGUGUGGCAGCUUGAAGAGUCCAAAAGUGACAUUUCCCGUCAAAUGCAAGCGACCUUAAUCAGCAUUAAGCAGCACGACCGUAUUCUGUGGCUGAUCUAAUUGGGAUGACAUAAGUUCUGCCUGCACUCACAAUAAUCAACUGGAAGCCAUUUGUGUCAAGGUAAUAUCUGGAGAAAUGACAGACCGGGAAAGGCCGACGCCCCCACUGGCCACCCUCCAGCCCAGGACAGCCGGGCUGAGCCAGCCGCCCAGGGGGGCACCCGGCGUGCUGGGGCUCCGGGCACAGCCGCGCUUCCCGAGUAACUCCCCUCCGAUUCGGGUGUUUGUACAGAGGCCACUGCCCGCCCUGCAGCUGGUGGCUCCGCAAGGACUGGGCGCCACGCCGGCCCCUCUGUCAGCGUCUGACCCCCCGGCGGUGACAUCUGUUUCAUCCGGUUCAGCGAAUUUCUUUAUUUCCAGCUUGCACACAAAACACACGGAGAAGCUAAAAAAAUCUUUAAAAGUGAAGACGCGUUCUGGACGGAUAUCUCGACCGCCCAAGUAUAAAGUCAAAGAUUAUAAGUUCAUCAAGACGGAGGACCUGGCUGACGGUCGCUUGUCAGAUUCUGACGAUUACUCAGAGCUGAGUGUGGAAGACGACGACGACCAGAGGGGAAAGCGGGCGCUGUUUGACCUGUCGAGCUGUUCCCUGAGGCCCAAGACUUUCAAGUGUCAGACGUGUGAGAAGUCCUACAUAGGAAAAGGGGGCCUGGCCCGGCAUCUUAAACUCAAUCCAGGCCACGGCCACCCAGAACCGGAGGUGUCUCUGUCUGAGAAGGCCAACGGGAGCACGACCCGAGGCUGCGCCGAGGGCAGGACCGCUAGCCUACCGUCCCCGGGGCUGCCCACGUCAGCUCUUCUGGGUGAGGAAGGGGCCCAGUCACCACCGUGUGGCCUGCAGAAUAGCCAGUCUGUAGAAGUCGAAGAUGCUUUGGUGUCUGAACCAGAAGAUGGAAAUUAUUCGGCCUUCGUGGGAUCAGAGAGACACCCAGGCCCUAGACGAAUCGAGUUCGCAGCAGCCCCCGCAGAGGCCAGCGAGGCCGUCCUUGGGCGAGGCGGAGCCGCUCACCCGCGUGGGCGCUCCGGUGCCUGCGUGGCAGGUGCACAGAGCGCCUCGGCGGCCAGAGCCCGGCUCGAGGAGUUUCUCCAGCAGUGUGACCGAGAGGCUCUCGUGGACCUGGUGCUGCCUCAGCUGGCUCAGGUGGUGACCGUGUACGAGUUUCUUCUGAUGAAGGUUGAGACAGGUCAUCUAGCAAAACCUUUGUUCCCAGCUGUGUAUAAGGAAUUUGAAGAGUUGCAUAAAAGGGUUAAGAAAAUGUGCCAAGAUUACCUCAGUGGUUCUGGUCUGUGUUCCCAGGAGCCUCUGGAAAUAAGCAACGACAAGGUGGCCGAGUCUUUAGGAAUCACAGAAUUCCUGAGGAGGCGGGAAGCGCGCACAGAGUGCGUCCCAGCGCAGCGCACCAGCGGGGACACGGGCCGGGACCCCCGGGCCGAGCUGGAGGAGGCCGGCCAGCAGAAGCGGGGAAACGAGACUGCGGACGGGGCGCCGGCCUGGGUGAAGAAGACCAGGAGAGACCCUCUGCCCCAGGACACCACUGACGGUGGAGCCCCAGCCGCCAACCAGGGUCCUGCCCCUCCAGCGAGCGGGAACGCCCCUCGCCGUCCGGAAGGAAGCCGCACGGCGCCGGUGUCUGGUCGAGCAGGCCGGCAGCUGCAGGCAUUUGCUGACGCCGAGGCCAAGAGCGGGUGUGGGGCUCCCGCUCUCUCGUGCGAGAACGUCAGUGGGCUGAGUCUGUGUCCUCAGUCAGGAGAGCCCGGGACGCACACACAGGGGUGUGUGCCAGCCCUCCCUGGAGAGAAUGCUCAGGAACGCUCCGCAGACUGGAACGGAACUGGAAACAGCCUGGGCAGCGGGGAUCUCUGCAGGACCCUGAUGUUCCCUGGAGGGGUGGCAUCCCUGCCGCCUUCCGGGCCUGGAGACCUUGAGAGGCAUGGCUCCUUCUGGAAAGGCCCACGGUCUGGCCCCAGCGACGUCCUGUUUCCAGAGGCUGCCGGCCCUCUGCUGGAGAGGGUUUUGUCUGUGGACGUGGGGCCAGCUGACUGCGUCCCCAGGACCGUGCCCGAGCCGGGGCCUCAGCCGGCCCAGGCUGGGUCGCUGCCCACCGAUGGUGGCCAGGGAAGCCAUGCAGGGGGUGUGGACCACUUCCCCGCGGGGCCCGAGGCGCACGCUGACCAGAGAGAACUGGAGAGCGUUGUUGCUGCUGGAGAAGCCGUGGCUUUUGAAAUCACCAAUGGGUGCCAUGAAUUUUUGUCUCAGGGACAGGAACAGAUAUUUAUUCAGACUUCCGACGGCUUGAUCUUGUCCCAUCCGGGUUCCGUGGUGUCCGGGGAGGAAGAUGUUGUCAUAGUGGCCGGUAUGGAGGGGCCUGCCUUGCAGACGGCCCCCCCGGAAGGGGUCCCUCUAGAAACCACGGAGGCAGAGCCCUCACAGUGAAGCAGAGCCAGACCUCAGUCCUGGACGUGUGUGUGUUUUAUCCAAAGAAGGUCUAUGUGAAGUAAUGUGUAUUUUUCUACUGUGAAUACAGACACAAAUGAACAUCUUAUUUAUAAAGAAUGAUGUCUUUUUACUUGA